UCACUCUCUCACGACAGGAACAAUGAUCACAGUCUUUGCAACUUUCUGUCUUUUUGUUACAGUGAAAACGUCUGAGACUGAUGACCUUCAAGUGCAAACAGUGAGAUGUGGAGAAAAUGUUACAAUAAAAUGUGACCAAGACUUCGUCAAAGGCAGUGAACACUAUUUAGCCUGGCAUAAGCAGAGUUUUGGAAAACUGCCUCAGCUUAUUGUGAGAUCAUCUGCAAAUAAUGCAAAUAUCAGAGUUGCUGAAACAUUUAAACAGCGCUUCAGACUGACUGCAGGUGAAGAAAAGUUUGAUCUCAGCAUCAUUAAAACUGUGGAAGAGGAUGCAGGAACAUAUUUCUGUGUGAAAGCAAAGAAAGGCGUUACAGAGUUUGGAUCUGGGACCCUUCUGCUUUUCCCAGAUGAAAAGUCUAAGAAGCGAAAUCUGACUGAAGUAGAUGUGAAAAGCGGGGAGUCGGUUACACUCCAGUGUUCAGUGGCUCCUCUGAGCUGUUCAGGAGAACACAGUGUGUACUGGAUCAGACAUGGAUCAGAAGAAUCUCAUCCAGGAAUCAUUUACACUCAUGGAGACACCGACAGUUCUUGUACGAGGAGCUCUGAGACUGAUUCUCCUACACAGAGCUGUGUCUACAAACUCCCCAAGAGAAACCUCAGCCUCUCUGAUGCUGGAACUUACUACUGUGCAGUCUCUGCAUGUGGACAGAUACUGUUUGGGAAUGGAACUAAACUCAGUGUAAAAGAAGAUAACAGUUGGACUUUUAUUGCCUUGACAACAUCCAAUGUGAUAACUCUUACUGUGACUGUUGUUCUGGCUGUUCUGCUCCUUAAGAACCAACGGAAAGGGUCUUUCACUGAUCAUCCAAGUCACACAAAUCAGGUUGAGAACACAGAUGCCUUGAAUUAUGCAGCUCUGAAUUUUGCUAAGAAACCUCCUCCAUCCAGAACGUCCAGAGUCAAGGAAAGUCAGGACAUUUACUCACAGGUCAAAGUACGAUAGUCAAAGGAAACAAGGAAACUGAACCUUUAAUAUUUAUUGUUUAAUUGUCUCAAAUCUUUGUAGAUGGUCAGACGUAUCUGUUCCAUUGAAGCUGAAGUUCAGACAACUCUCAAGUGGA